AUCUCUGACCAACACAAACACACACACACAGAGAGAGAGAGAGAGAGAGGGCGAGAGAGAGCUGCUUCAUCCCUCCAUUUCAGCAUCUCUGACCAACACAAACACACACACACAGAGGGAAAGAGAGAGCACUGCUUCAUCCCUCCAUCUCAGCAUCUCUGACCCACACACACACACAGAGAGAGAGAGAGAGAGCGCUGCUUCAUCCCUCCAUCUCAGCAUCUCUAACCGACACACACACACACACACACACACAGAGAGAGAGGGAGAGAGAGAGAGAGAGAGAUAGCACUGCUUCAUCCCUCCAUCUCGGCAUCUCUAACCGACACAGAGAGAGAGAGAGAGAGAGAGAGAGAGGGAGAGAGAGAGGCAAAAGCACUAGAGCACAUCACAGACUGCAUGCCCACACCUCUGGCAAGACUGACGGAUUCUCCUUGUUUUUAUUUUUGUUGUUGUUGUUGUUGUUGUUAACGCCAUUUUCUUUUUGGAUUCGUUUUUUAAAUACGUUAUUCGUACUUUUUAUUUCUUUAUUUUAAAACGCAUUUCUUGAUAUGGUUGUUCGAGUCUUCCCUUGAUGCGCAGCGUAUUACAGGAUAUACAGAAGCAGCCAUUACUGCAGCUCGUGUUUUCUCACACCGUGGAGAGGAACAUCGUGCGGGAGUGGAGUAAAAGAAUUCUGGAAGAAGGAAAGAGCUCCUUCAGUCAUUCUCCACCCAGACACCAUUGUUGUCUAGGCUGAGCACCAGUUCAUAUUUUGAUGCUGACCUUACACUAAGCCUGGUGUCUGGGUCUCCAUUUUUGGAAGCAGUGAGGCAAGAUCCUCAGCUCCAGUACCAGGCAUAUUCUGUGCAUUUGCUGUGAGGACUCUGCACAUCCAUCUCUGGCAUCAUGGGAACCGUCCUGUCGCUCUCUCCCAGCUACCGGAAGGCUGCCCUGUUUGAGGAUGGUCCAGCCACAGUGGGCCCCUACACGGCUGUUCAAAACAGCAAGAACGCCAAAGACAAGAAUUUGAAGCGUCACUCGCUCAUCAACGUGUUACCGUGGAAGCGGAUAGUAGCUGUCUCGACCAAGAAAAAGGGUUCUAAGAAGGUGCAGCCCAAUACGACAUACCAGAACAACGUCACUCAUCUGAACAAUGAGAACUUGAAGAAGUCACAGUCCUGUGCCAACCUCUCCACAUUCACCCAGGAGCAGUCAAGCCCAUCCAACCAAGGCUCUAAAAGCUCUAACAAUGUGGCCUCAUCUGUCAAGAAAGCACCCUUGUCCAACUCUAGUGUGGCUCCUGGCACGCCCAAGAGGGUGAUCGUUCAGGCCUCAACCAGUGAGCUGCUGCGCUGCCUCGGUGAAUUCCUGUGCCGGAGGUGCUACCGGCUCAAGCACCUUUCUCCUACUGACCCAGUGUUAUGGCUGCGCAGCGUGGACCGUUCCCUGCUGCUGCAAGGCUGGCAGGACCAAGGUUUCAUCACACCAGCUAACGUUGUCUUUGUUUACAUGCUCUGUCGAGAUGUGGUCUCUUCAGAACUAGCCACAGAACAUGAGCUGCAGGCAGUGCUUCUUACCUGUCUCUACUUGUCCUACUCCUACAUGGGCAAUGAAAUCUCCUAUCCUCUCAAGCCAUUCCUGGUGGAAAGCUCAAAGGAGACCUUCUGGGACCGCUGCCUGUCCAUAAUCAACCUGAUGAGUGCCAAGAUGCUGCAGAUCAACUCAGACCCACACUACUUCACCCAGGUGUUCGCAGACCUCAAGAACGAGAGCCAGAAGGAAGAGGAGAGGAGCCGUUUACUCAUUGGGCUAGACCGGUGAGGGAACGCUGAAGAGUAUAAAGUGGGAUCGCACCCUAGUCUGGCAUUUUUGAAUGGGAUUCCAAAAGUUUUAGUAGACAGCAGUCUCUAUAUUAUGAGAAUGCAUUUAAUAUGUAUGAAAUCUAUACAAAUUUACCCUUUUCAAGGUACGACUGAUCAUUACUACUUUCAGAUGUUGACAAAACUACUGAAUUUUAACAAUUUGAUCUUAAAGUUCCACCAGGUUUGUAUAUGAUGAAGGUUCAGGGCAGAUAUGCCAGACCUGGGUGCACCCAAGUAGUCUUGUAUGAUUAAUAUUUAAAUUCACCCACAAAAAAAGACAUCAAGAAGAUCAAAAAACAGAAAAACACGACAAAGAAAACAUUAGGAAUAGGAACAUCAAUUUAAGUAUGAAUGUGUAGAAGCCUGACCGGCCACAGAGUACUGGAGAUGUGUACUGCCUUUUGUGUAAUGGUGUCUUACCAGACUGGUUCGCUGCAGACAGUGAGGACUGAGACUGUGACUACGAGGCAGAGGACAUCACACCCACACUGCAGCCACGCUGUUGGAUGCUCAUUAAAUAACACACACUUUGGCUUUAGUAGCAGUAUGUAUAAAUAUGUCUUGUGAUGACAAUAAGGAGAAGGGGAGCUCCAGUGAUACAUAUAUUUUAUCGAUGAAUUUUGACAUUGUGGCAGCACUGCACAGCGGGGUGGAAGGUGGAAGGUGUUAGGCACACCGCUGUAAAAGGCCUACUUUAUUUUCAUCAAUAUGGAUUUAAGUUCUACUCUGCAGUGCAACUCUGGGGCUCUAUCCAUUGAUUUACUUGUUUCUUUUUUACUUGGAAAUGUAACCGGAUGCAUGUGUGCCAUGCAAUUUUGUAUGGUGUUUUGAGGGUAAAAAUGUUUUAUUUAUUUAAUUCCAUUGAAUCUUUAGAACCAACUGCAUCUGCAAUUAGGGAAUGCCUUUUUUUUUUUAAUCAAAGUGUAAGUUUAUUUAGCUAUGCUUGCUACAGUGAGCCAUGAUUGUACAAAGUAUCUUUUGUUGUUUUGUGUCACAUUGUGUCACUGUCUAGUUGGGCAACGAUCCAUAUAGACAAAAAAAAAGCUUAAUGUAAAUUUUGCAAAACCAGUGCCAUACCUUUGAUGAAAAUCAUGUAGGUCUAAAAAAAUACACCAAAGGGGGGCAAUCUUUGAAAUGGUUCAUUAAUUCUAAGUAAGAAUAUCUAUUCAGUCUUAAUUUAUUGUUGUUUAUUUAUUCUCUUAGCACAUCCAUUGUAUUUAAAAGUUUAUUAAUGUAUUGUAUAAAUGACUAGUACAAUGGCUACUUUCACGUGUAGCAUUUAGACGUAGGUGAUUUGUGGUAAACCUGGUUACCUUUGGUGGAAAUGAAGAUUGUGGGUGAUGCGUUUUGAAGGAUUUAGUUAAGGAUAUUCCAUCUAAGAGCUUCAUCCAUAUCCAUUGACAAAUCUGAGUAUCACCAAGGGUAUUCAUCUGUGCAACAAGGAGACGCUGUUGGUUUCAGCCUAUAAAUACCUGAGACCAUUCUUCCUCUGCUGAGAUGUACCACAUUUUUAAUAAAACAACAGGUAGAAGAGAUAAUCAUUUACAGACAGUCUAGUUCUGGCAUUUUAUGUCACGUAACAUCACCAUGGAUGAUGAACGAACACCUGAGAGAGUGAUUGAUUCAUGCACUCAUAAGCCAAAUAUGAAGGAAAUGGUCAAGGUGCGAAUGUGUUUGAUCCUCGUCCAGAAUUUAAGAAGAAUUUUUUAAAAAUCUGACAUGGAUCUUUAGGCAUGAUAUCACUGAAUGAAACAGUUGAUCACAGGCGAAUACUUAAUUAAUGUAAUAAUAAUAAAUAAUGUUAUGAAUUAGUUCUAAAUAUGAAUAACUGACAUUGUCAUCACGUCAGUUUUUUUUUAUUAGGGCAGAAAAACCUUGCUGUAAUUUUGGAACCUGCAGUUGCAUUGUGAUAUUAGACUGAAACCUCAAAGUUGAUCUUUCUAUACAUCUCAGCAGUAAUCAAUUACGCAUGCUUUCUUUCAGUAGAAUAUUUCUUUACAGACAUAGAAAAAGUGCUACUCAUCAUAUAAGCACACAUUGUCACAUUUAGCUCUGUACAGUACGUUGUUCCAUGUUGGCUAUUUUCUCAUGAUAUGAUGGCUGAAGGCUGCCUCGAACCACUGAGACCUGAAGAUGAAUGGAUGGAAGGGGAACUGUAUGAAUACAUGCCCUUGCUGCUGCAUUGCUAUGUGUGACAGAGGGCAUACUGGAAUCGAGAGGAGAAUGUGAGAGGUGGUUGUUAAUGUGCAAUGUGUGGAUCAGAUAUUAAAGCCGAAUAAGGACCAUAAGGCCAUAAAGACUUGCACUUUUCUCCAGAUAUUACUCUGGGAAAAUUGAAGGGGCUUUCAAAUCAUAGGGACUAAUACAGGGGAGUUCCCUUCACUGCCUGCUUGCCAUCACUUACCACCGAUCACAACAACGUGCCAUUUUCCCCCCACUUACAUCACUGGCUAGUCAGUUGUUAAAACUUAAAAAGAAAGAAACGAGAGAAAAUUACGUCACUUUAUUUCAGUAUCUUGUCAUAUUUCUUUGUUGAACAAAAAAGAAACAGUGUUUCAAAACAAAAAAAGGAAAGGCUCUCUCAAUGACUGCAUGUGUGCGUGAGAGUGAGAGAUCAUUUGUAUAGAAGAGUGUGUAAGGUAUUUUUUUCCUAUGGGGGCUGGGGACAAUGUAAGGCAAUGCUUUUAAGAUGAGAAAACAACAUGGACUGGUGGGUGGGCAGGGCACUGAACUGUUACAAGAACAAUAGAAAAAGCUGUUGCUGUAAUAGAUUUUUUUUUUUUCAGUUCGGUUCUGCUUAUUUUUAUUUAUUUUUGUACUGUGAUGGAAAAAAUGCACUGAUCGUUAAAGAUGCACAACUGUGUGGCUGUCAUUAUUUUUUUCUAAGUGUAUUUCCUUCAUUAAACUCUGUAUUUAUCA